ACUCGGGGAACAGGCGUCCCCUUUUGUCAAGGAUUCUGGAGGGAAAAAGGCAGAAAAAGACUAAUCCUUCAUUCACACACCAGCCCCCUAUCCUCCAAAAAAAAAGAAAUAAGCUGCCAGCCCUUUAAAUCUUUCUGAACAGAGAGCUUCACUGCAGGGUCGCCUCGCAUGGACUGUUGCUGGGAGUAUUACAGGGACCAAGGCAGGGACCUCCUCCCAUUACUUCAGUCCAGGUCAUCUGGGAGAAAGGAGGGAGAUGUCUAACCACACAGGAGAUGGAGACGUAGGCGAGGGACACUCUGCAUUUUCUCAGAUGGAGCACAACAUUGUGGCUGGAUACUUAAUCAUGGCAGGGGUAAUCAGCAUCGCAAGCAACAUUGUGGUCCUACUCAUGUUUGUCAAGUUCAAGGAGCUGCGCAAUGCGACGAACACCAUCAUCAUCAACCUGGCCUUCACUGACAUCGGCGUUGCUGCCAUUGGCUACCCCAUGUCAGCUGCUUCAGACCUCCACGGCAGCUGGAAGUUCGGUUUCACUGGCUGCCAGGUCUACGCAGCUUUGAACAUCUUCUUUGGUAUGGCCAGCAUCGGACUCCUCACAGUGGUGGCCAUCGACCGAUAUCUCACCAUCUGCAGAGCAGAUAUAGGACAGAAGAUGAACACAUGCUCCUAUACCUUAAUGAUUCUAGCUGCCUGGACCAACGCCCUCUUCUGGGCCUCCAUGCCCGUGGUGGGCUGGGCGAGCUACGCCCCAGAUCCCACCGGGGCCACCUGCACCAUCAACUGGAGGAACAAUGACUCGUCUUUUGUUUCCUACACCAUGGCUGUAGUACUUGUGAAUUUCCUCAUUCCCCUGUUGGCCAUGUUAUACUGUUACUACAAUGUUUCUGUAUCCAUGAAGCGAUACAUUUCCAGCAACCACUUGGAUGUCACCAACCUUGACUGGUCUGACCAGGUAGACGUCACCAAGAUGUCCAUAGUGAUGAUUCUGAUGUUUCUUGUGGCCUGGUCGCCAUACACCAUCGUGUGCCUUUGGGCAUCCUUCGGUGACCCCAGAACAAUACCCGCUACCAUGGCGAUCAUCGCACCUCUUUUUGCCAAAUCAUCAACCUUCUAUAACCCUUGCAUAUAUGUGAUUGCCAACAAAAAGUUCAGAAGGGCCAUUGCCGGGAUGCUACUUUGUCAGACACGACAGCAGAUCACCAUCAACCACCAUAUUUCCAUGACCAUCUCCCAGCUGCCCCUUGCACAGUAAGGCCUGAGACCCCCUGGGAGAUGGAGCUGG